UCCCUUCAAUCCCUUCCUCGACAUCCCGCUAGCCUUCGACCUCACCGUCAUCAUCGUCACCGGCGUCCCUUGCCUUCAAAUCACCCAAAUCCGCGGCUAAGCAUACUCGAAACAAGUAGCACUAUGCAGGCCAUCGUCGCGCGCGGUGCAUUCAACGCAUCUCGGUCAAGGACGCUCGCCAGGACGUUCGCGACGUCGUCGGCGAGGAGACAGGCGGUGCCGACAGAGAAGCCAGCGCUGAACAAGCAGUUCAAGAUCUACAGGUGGAACCCGGAUGAACCGGCGAAGAAGCCGGAGCUGCAGACGUAUAACAUCAACCUGAACGAAUGUGGACCUAUGGUCCUUGACGCACUCAUCAAGAUCAAGAACGAAAUUGACCCGACACUCACCUUCCGUCGUUCCUGCCGCGAGGGUAUCUGUGGCUCCUGCGCAAUGAACAUCGAUGGACAGAACACCCUCGCUUGUCUAUGCAGAAUCGACCGGUCACCGAAAGACUCGAAAAUCUACCCUCUUCCACACAUGUACGUCGUCAAGGACCUCGUCCCCGACCUGACCCUCUUCUACAAACAAUACAAGUCGAUCGAGCCCUACCUGCAGAAUGACAACCCGCCCGCAGAGGGCGAGUUCCUCCAGUCGCAGGAGGACAGGCGCAAGCUGGACGGGAUGUACGAAUGUAUCCUCUGUGCGUGCUGUAGCACGAGUUGUCCGAGCUAUUGGUGGAACCAGGACGAGUAUCUUGGACCGGCGACGUUGAUGCAGGCGUAUAGGUGGAUUGCGGAUAGUCGGGACUCGUAUGGUGCCCAGAGAAAGGAGAAGCUCCAGAACGAACUUUCGCUCUAUCGUUGCCACACCAUCUUUAACUGCGCACGUACCUGUCCCAAGGGCCUCAACCCCGCCGCCGCCAUCGCCAAGAUCAAGCUCGAGCUCGCUGCCGAUUAAACACCUUUUUCUCUCAUGCGGGCAUGGACAUGGGGCGUGCAUCUCUCAUGGGGUCAGAGAUGCGCGUGGGUCUGACGAGCGUGAUGUGCGCUUGGCUUUGUUCUCCGGAUCCGUGGCGCUACAUACUCUUCUAGGAUCCAACGUGGGUGAUAAGGCGGGCAGAGCGCAUGCAUGCAUAUGACGGAAUGUAUUCUGGUCUUUUUUCUUCGUUCCUUCCUUUUUUCUUCGCUCUGUUUCUUCCUGCCUGCACGUUCAAUCGAUAUCUGUCUUUCUUUUCUUCUUUUGUCUCUUAUUGUUUUUUUGUUGUUCCUGUUUCGUAUACGCAUCUGGUCUAUUCGAUUUCAACGUGAAUUACAAACGGACUUCGAACC